AUUAUCAAUAAGAAAGUCUUCUCUAAACAUUGAGUACUUGUUUUUAACACAAACACAUACAGUACUCUUUCCGUUAUAACAUGUGAUCUGGUUUUAUCAACCCAUCUCCUACGUGCUUAUAUUGUCGUCAAUGUGGCCACUAAUAUGAUGGUGCACUUAACGUGCCAAUGUGGUCAUCGGAAAUGCUCUUGAGUAUGGGGAUUCGUUCCUUGCUUACGAGUCCACAGGUUUCUCCAAUCAUCUUUGUUUCUUGUGCUACUUAGGUGAGGGAAAUCAUGUUCUUCACAGGAUCAACACAGAACUUGGAAAAAAAUUGAUGGUCUUGUUCAGGUAGAGUCAUUAGUACAAGAUGCUGUUUUCAAGGUUUAUUUUUCCCUUAGCAUCCUUGUUAAGCAAGGCCGUUCAUAUUUUUAUAUUUGUAUGCAACUCAGCAAUAAACAAUUCUUGUAUUUACCCAAUUCAGAUAUACUAACAGCGGUAUAAGUUUAUGUAUUUGUUGUUGUCUUCUUAAAGGGAGCAAAAAUCUUUCUCGGCGGUAAAAGGCACAGUCUAGGGAUGACAUUAGAAACAUUUAAUUAAUGUUCCUUGCAUUUAUUUUAUCAGAACUAAUUAUCUUCUCUCAGGAAGGAGAUUUUCAAACCCGUAGCUCUCCUUAUUCAGGUCAAAAACCAAGUAGGACGCUGUCAGAAUCACUAUUGCAGGACUUGCUGCUUGUAUAUUCACAAAAGUAGUGUCCAACGAUCGUGGUAUUUCUCUGAAGUACUUGAAUACGUACUUGUAAGAGUGAACAAAAGACUCAAAUCAAAAGAGGCAAGACUAGAAAUAGAAGAAGCACAUCUUCCAAAUUAUAGCCAUACAUUUAAUUUCUUACAUCUUUUAAUCCCAGGGAGUGAAGCAGACUGAUCUUGGAAGGGAAGGAUCCAAGUAUGGUAUGGACGAAUACCUCUAGCUAGAUAAGAAGGGCGGAAGGAAUAUAUUCAUUUCGAAGACAAAAUUCGAAAGCACCUUAAAAAGAUGCUUGAAGUUCAAGCAACCAUGGCAUCUUUUUUUUUUUAACCGACUUCAUUGUAAAUUUGUGAUUAAUUAUUUUUGUUUUUAAGUUCUUAGUUUGCUUCAACAACAAUUAGCUAAUAGUGGAACAUUAACUUUACCUGGUUAUAAUAUAUGCAAAAAAAAAAAAGUUAGCUUACAAGUAAAAGUUAGCUUGAAAUCAUUAUUAAGAACAUUAAUCAAGAAAAAUGAGAACUUAAAUGAUCUUUAAGGAAUUAACUAUGAAGAAUGUCUGCGUAUCUAAAAAUUUUAAAGGUUCAGAAAAUUCUAAUUAGUAUUGCAUUUAAAUGCGGGUGGCCAAGUUUAUACGGUUGGCAUCUCUCGCGGAGUUCUACUUUCAUUUUUGUUUUAAUAGUGUUGGCGCAAUAAGAAUCUAUCUUUAUUCACCAAAGAGGAGAGGAAUUGAUUCCAAUUCUCAUUCAAUUUGAACUUUGAACUUUGAUUUUUCUUUUCUUUGAUUUGCUUACAAAAAAAUAUUUAUUAAUGUAAAAGUUAACACCAUUUUCACAUUUUAUUUAGCCAGAUACUAUAGGAAUAAUUGAUUGUACAAAUAAUUUGAUUAAUCCCCAAUUCAAUAUUAUUGGCAAGAAAAACAUUGUUUCUUUGACCCCAAAUUUUUUGUUCCUGAUUAAAUCCAACUCCUUAAUGUCUGGAAAAUGCAUUACCAUGUAUAGCUAGCUGCACAAUCUUCAGUCCUACAAAAGCCAAAAAGAGUUUUAGCCCCAGCAAGCUUUAGCAAAAAAAAAAAUGGAGAAAAGAAGAAAACAUAUGGUAAAAAUAAAAUGAAGAAUAAAAGAGCUUUAAUAAGUAGAAGAAGAGGUCCCCAACAGUAACACUAUCUUUAAAACAUUGAUACAAAUUCUCCACAUAUCACUAAACCAUGUAUAUGCAUAACUUUAAUGUUUUGGUUCCAUAUUCUUAUGUUAUUUUCACGCUUUAAUUCCAUAUUCAUUCACUAAAUGCAUAUUGGGCUACACUGAACGUUUUCCUGUUUUCCCUUCAUACUUAAUACAAAACUAUAAUAUAUUUAAAUUUUCUGAUUUGAUGCAAAUUCUAUAGUUCUAGAUCAUAUGCUCUAUUUUGUGUGUGCAUAUCAUUCUCAGCUAUAUUCAUUGAUUUAUUCUUGUUCUAUGUAAUAUGCCAUGGGAGCUCCCACUCAUAUAUAUAUUAGGUUGACCAUUAUACAUAAAUCGAUAUAUAUAUUAAAAUAAUAUAUAUUUAAUAAUAGAUAUUAAAUACUUUAGAUUCAAUGUAAUUUUGAGAUAUUUCAAAACAUUUUAAUGUAUUACAUGCACCUUCCAUAAUACAUAACCUAUUUUAUAUGUAUACAGUAAGAACUCUAUAAUUUAAUAUUCAGUAAAUUAAUAAUACGAUAAAUUAAUAAAUUUCACCGAUUUCAAUCUAGAACCAGUAUAAAUAUGAUAAUUCGAUAAAAUAAUAAGAUAAUAUAUUUUUGAAAACUCUUAUGUAAAUAUAUGAUCACAUUAAAAUCAUAAAUUAAUAACUAUUAUAUAUAUAAAUUUAUAUAAACAAACAAAAUACUAUAUUGUCUGUUUUUUAUUUUAAAAUAAAAUUCAUUUAUAGUUUUUCCUUAUAAUUUAAUAUUUUGAUGUUAUUUCAUAGAAUUACAUAUAAAACGCAUUUAAAUUUUAGGACAUAUAAUUUCAAUACUUCAAAUUUAUCAAAUAAUCUAAUAGAAAUAGAAAAAAAAUCAAAUUUAUAAAAUUUAAUUAGUGUAUUAUAUCGCGAAAUCAAAAUUUAUUUUCUAAUUUUAAAAAUAAUAUAUAAAUAUAAAUCUAAAAAGGAAAUAUUUAUUAAACUAAUAACUUUAUAAACUAAUAAAUUAUCAUGAUCCCAAUAUUAUUAAUUUAUAGUUUUUUACUAUAUUUAGUUAAUUCGUAUAGGAUGCCCGAUGUUUAAACUUACCUUUUAAAAUAUAUAUAUAUGAAAUGGGUGUAAAGCUUUUUCUACUGUAGAAUUAAUUUUAUAAUUAAAACUUUCACAAUAUUUAAAGUAAUUUGAAACAUAAUUACUUCAUGUAUAUGGAUAAAUGUCCUUACAGACAUUUUAUUGUAAGUAAUUCAAAGGUAUCAAGCUGAGAGUAAUAAAAACAAUUGAAAAGAUAGCGACAGUGUCUUUUCACAAAGGUGCGUCUAUAAAACAAUAUUAAUAACAUAUUUAUAACCAAAUAUUAAUUUUAUUUUAGUCACAAACAAAAGAAAAUUUCAAAAAGACAAGAGCGAGAGAGAGCAAUAAAGCCGUCAGCUGAUCUCUUCAAAAACGCAUCGUAUUCUCUCUUACAUUUUUGCAUCACAUUCGUUUCUUUGAAUCUCUCUGCAAGAGAGAGAAAGAGAGUACUAGAGAGAGAGAAUGUUCCAUGCUAAGAAACCUUCAAGUAUGAAUGGUUCAUAUGAGAACAGAGCUAUGUGCGUUCAAGGCGAUUCAGGCCUCGUCCUCACCACCGAUCCUAAACCGCGUUUGCGUUGGACCGUCGAACUUCACGAUCGUUUCGUGGACGCCGUCGCUCAACUUGGCGGCCCUGACAAAGCCACUCCAAAGACGAUCAUGAGAGUUAUGGGUGUGAAGGGUCUCACUCUUUACCACCUAAAGAGUCAUCUUCAGAAAUUCAGGCUUGGAAAGCAGCCGCACAAGGAGUAUGGAGAUCACUCAACAAAGGAAGGUUCAAGAGCUUCUGUCAUGGAUAUUCAGCGCAACGUAGCUUCUUCUUCUGGCAUGAUAAGUCGCAACAUGAAUGAGAUGCAAAUUGAAGUGCAGAGAAGGUUGCACGAACAGCUAGAGGUGCAGAGACAUUUGCAGCUGAGGAUUGAAGCACAAGGAAAGUACAUGCAAUCUAUAUUGGAGAGAGCUUGCCAAACCUUAACCGGUGAGAACAUGGCAGCCGCCGCCGCCGUUGCGGGAGGAGGGUAUAAGGGCAAUUUGGAAAGUUCGAGUCUUUCCGCUGCUGUGGGUUCAUCUCCUCAUCCUCUUAGUUUCCCGCUGUUUCAGGACCUAAACAUCUAUGGAAACACAACCGAACAAGUCCUCGACCAUCAUAACUUCCAUCACCAGAAUAUUGAGAACCAUUACACGGGCAACAAUGCUGCAGCCACAAAUAUUUACUUGGGAAAGAGGCGACCAAGCCCUAGUUUUGGUAACGAUGUAAGGAAAGAACUUUUAAUGUGGUCUGAUCAAGAUCAAGAUCUUUCCGUAAACCAACCGUUCGAUGAUGAGCAUCGAAUUCAGAUACAAAUGGCUACACAUAUCUCCACGGAUUUGGAUUCUCUAUCUGAAAAUAACCGUGGGAAGUUACUGGAAAGGCUAUCGCCUCGAAGAUCACCAUUGGCUCCUAUGAUGAACCCUAAUGGUGGGUUAAUACAAGGAAUGAACUCACCAUUUGGGUGAUACAGAUUUCUUUUAUGUGAUGCAUGAGAACGUAAAAACGAGAUAUAUAUUUUGUUAAAUAUUAUGAGCUUGACUUAGGAUUUAGAGAAGAGGCCAACAAAAAAAGACAAAGUUUGUUAUGUGUCGGGUUAGUUUUGCUCGUAUUUAAUUGUACUGAAACAAUAUAUUUUGUUGCUAUAAUAUUUAGAUUUUAUUCUGUAAUAA